AUGGCAAAUAAAGAAGAGCAAAAAAAUUUUGAUUUAGUUGAUGAUCUUGACUAAGAUGACGAAGAAUUCGAAAUAAAUGAUUAUGGUGAGUAUAGUAAGGAUGAUGAGGAAUUUGAUAUUAUUGUAGGUGAAUUAUAAGAAAUUGUCAUAAGUGAUGAAUUUGAAAAGCUCUAUAAAAAGUUUUUGAUUGAUAACUGCGAAGUAUUUGAAGAUGAAGAAGAAAAUAAAAUGGAAUAUAUGAUCAUCUUUAAGAAUUAUGAAAAAGUUAUAGAUGGAUUUAUUCAAUAAGAAUUGGAAAAAAAAAUAGAGGGAUUUUAAAUGAACAGAUUUUUAGAAUUACUAAAGGAAAGACACAAUUAAAUUGAUGAAUAAAUUUUGGAUACCUUAUUGAGUUUUACAGACUUCAAUAAUUUUAAGUAGCUCAUGCUCGAUUAUAAAAAGCAAUAUUUGGAAGAAUAAAGAAUAGAAAAGCUUAAAACAAUUAAGUCGUCAAGAAAAACCUUAGAUAAGGCAAAUAAAAUAUAACCUACAAAUAUUUUUUCUACUUCCAGCAAUAAAAAUGACCCUUUGGCAGGAUUGAAGAAUUUUGCAUAAAAAGAGCUUCCUAAAACUAAGAAAUAGCCAACCUAAGAUAUAGAUCCUGACCAAAUAAACGAUGAAGAUUUGAGACCAAGUUUCUUUAUUGAUUGCAAAUAAUUACAAACACCUAAAGUUAACAAUAAAAAGAAGUGA